AUGAAAAGAUAUUUAAUGAAUACAAAGAAGCGGACUAACAAUAGGAGAAAUACAACACUUACACCUCAAUUACCAAAUGCUUUUACAGAAAUUAUCGCAGCAAUAGAAACACAAACCACAUUAAACAGAGUAAUUCAACAACAAUUACUAUUAGCAAUAGCCAUAAACAGUUACCUGCCAGAACAUACCUACUUACAAGAAAGCAAUGUGAAAGUGCCUGAGAUCGAUGCAUCAUCUUCACUUCAUUUACCUGAUUACGUUGAUAUAGUAGAUUCUCAUGGAAUUGAGGCGUCUUUUCCUGAUACAACAAACCCAAAUCCUUCAACUAACUUAGUAUUCUCAGAAGAAAUCACUUUCACUGAAAUUGUGACACAUUAUUUUUCUCUUCUUAAAAAUCUUGGUAAUAUUGAAAUAAUAUCUCAAGCUGUAGACUUAUUAAAGCUUCAAAAAGUAAAUGAUGUCCAUGUGGAAAAUAUUGAUUUUGAAAAAUGUUUAGAAGAUCGAUCGGAUAAAGAUAUACGUAGCAAAGGAAGAAAAGAAGACCAAAUUCGAGGAAAU